AUGUGCAGUUUAAAACUUAAAAGUGAGUCGAUUACGCCUAGAUUUGUUAAACAUAGAAAUCCUCCUUAUGCAUUAGAGAGCAAAGUGAAUGAAGAACUAGACGUCUUAGAAAAAGAGGGAGUGAUUGAAAAGACUGAUUAUGCAGAAUGGGGAUCACCAUUAGUUACAUUGCCUAAAAAGAAUGGAGAAGUUCGGCUAUGUGUGGAUUAUAAGAUUACUAUUAACCCAUAUUUACAAGAUUCCAAUGAACCUAUGCCGAUAAUUGAAGAAGUAUUGCAUGAAUUGAGAGAUGCCAAGAUAUUCUGUAAAUUGGACAUUCACAAGGCCUAUUUACACUUACAAAUGGAUGCUAACAGUCAAAGAUUAUUAACUAUUACCACGCCAAGAGGAGCUUAUUUAAUGAAGAGGCUACCAUUUGGAGUAAAAACUGCGCCAAAAGAGUUUCACAAAUUUAUGAGACAGAGUCUGCAGGGAUCGAAUAAGGUAGUUUCAUAUUUUGAUGAUAUUGUGGUUUAUGGGAACGAUGUUGCUGAAUGUUAUGAUAAUUUGAAAAGGUGCCUGGAUAGACUCCACGAACUCAAAAUGCAUCUGAAUGAAAAAUCGUUACCAAAUAUCACCGCUUCUCGAUUACUUAGAUAUGCAAUGAUUAUGAAUGGAUUUGACUUUGAAGUUAAACACAGAAAAGCGGAAUGUCAUCGGAAUGCCGAUUAUUUAUCUCGAGCUCCGCUAUCUCCAAGCUCAAAGGAAGAAGAAGAAGAAGAAACGGAUGAAGAUUAUGAAGCUUUUAACAUAGUGAUAAACCAAAUCUCAAGUGAAAAUAUUACAUUAGAGUUGAUCGCACGGGAAACAGACGCUGAUGAGGUACUUAAAAAAUUGAAAGACAGCCUGUACGAUGGUACAAACAAUUCGUAUGAAUGCAGUAUCCACAAUGGGGCCAUUUUUAGAGGACCAAGAGUAAUAAUCCCGAAAUCGUUGCAAUCAGUCGUCCUACAAGAACUACACGCUACACAUUUAGGAGUAGUGAAGAUGAAAGGAUUAGCUAGAAGAUAUUGUUAUUGGAGAGGAUUAGAUCACGAUAUAGAGAGUUUAGUUAGAGGGUGUCAAGAAUGCCAAAAUGUGAGAGCAAAUGCAAAGAAAGUUACACUUCACAAAUGGGACGUUCCAGAGAGGAAUUGGCAAAGAUUGCACAUGGACUAUGCGGGUCCAUAUUUAAAUCAGCACAUUUUUAUUCUGGUGGAUGCAAAAUCGAAGUGGAUAGAAGCUAAAAUACUAAAAGAAGCACCCACAUCAGCCGGCACUAUCAAUAUUCUUAAAGAGCUUUUUAUUAGAUAUGGCGUACCAGUGGUAUUAGUAAGUGACAAUGCAACAAUUUUUAAAUCGGUUGAGUUCUCAAGUUUUUGCACUAACCACGGAAUACAACAGAAAUUCUCAGCUCCAGGCCAUCCUGCAACUAAUGGGCAGGCGGAGAGGGUUGUCCAAAUAAUUAAAAAUAAGUUAAAAUCAAUGAUGAACGAACAAGCAAGUGGUACUAAUCCGGCAGAGAAUUUUUUGGGGUGGAACUUGAGAACGAAAUUAGAUCUUAUUAUAAGAAGCCCUACUUCGGAGCGAGUGGAACAACCUCACUUGACAACAGCUUCACAAUUAAGUGUGGGAGAGCGCAUAGCAGCAAGAAUAUAUUCACAAAAUGAACAAGAAAAGUGGGCGUAUGGAACUGUUGAAAAGAGACUGGGUAGAGUGCAUUAUAAUAUAAAAUUGAAUUCCGGAUACGUAUUAAAAAGACACAAAGAUCAGUUGAGAAGGUGCGAGGUGCCAGCUAGUAACCAAGAUGGCCUAGAUAAGUUACAACAACCGAUAUCGACCCAAAGUCAAGAACCAGCGACUAGCAAUGGGUCCAGCCAAGAGAGAGAUCCGGCAAGAUUAGAGGAAGGAGCCAGGAGUCCAAAUGUCAAUAAUAGAAAGCAGGCUGCAACUGAAAGUCCAGAGCAGUUAAUGGGAUCAGUAGUUCAAGAAGAUGAGGCAGUUCUUUCACCAACAGCAAGGCCGCCUUUAAGGCGCUCUAUGCGGAUCUGCAAGCCGGACACUGCUCUUAGCAGUCACAUCAGGAGCAAUAAUAACGGACAUCACAACAGGCACAGGACUCAUCCCUAUAGACUUAGGCACUGCAAAAAAAAUGGUAGUACAGAACUUCGCAGCUACACAACACUGCCUCUCUCUGCCAACCACUUGGAGUGGAUACCACAAAUCAACCAGUACCUGGCAACUUUCCCCACAGGAGAACGUUUAAAAAUCAUCGACCAGGACAUCGCCGAGGAUAAACUACUACAAGAAGUCUUCCUCAUCAACCCAAACAACAGUCAAGUAAUAUAUCGAGGAAAACACCUGAACCACGAGUCUAGAUCCUCUGGGAAACCAAACAUCUUGGCAAACGUUGAUUUAAAUUUCCACGUCACUCAGAUGUCAAAGUUCAAAGUACAUCUUCAGGAAUUGAAUCUGCAAAACAUACCAUCCAACGUCAUCGUGGAUCGUAACAACAGCUUCUUCUUCCAGCAAUCUGGCAAUCAUCAUAAUGUUGAUCAUCGCAGUGACUUUAAUCACCACCAUGACUUGGACACGAUUCAAGAAGAUGACAACAGACUUCACCGAGCCACCCGAGGAAGAACUCCGCCAAAUUCAAGAAUUUCCAGGGAAAUUCCCGAACUAGGGGUGGAGGAAUUACAUCCGCAACGGCUGCUUCUGUCAUCAUAA